UCCCCAUCUUUUUACAUAUUGGCUGUAUCCGCCCUCCUGUUUCUCUCAGUCUGAGUGCUGUAGCCCUGCUGUGUGUUCCUCUCAGCCCUCUGUUGGAGCACCAAAGGGAGGAGGAGCCACCAGGAAACAGGCACUUACACAUACUCACCCAGCCACACACUCUGACAUCUCACAGCAUCACUUCUGCACGCUCACUGUAAGCACCAGCCAGCCAACCAGCCAGGCCCAUUUGGAGCAGGGGAGCCCAACUGUUUCAUCGCCCAACAUGGAUGUACUGAUGAAGGGGUUCUCCAUGGCCAAGGAGGGGGUGGUGGCCGCCGCAGAGAAGACCAAAGCUGGCAUGGAGGAAGCAGCAGCUAAGACCAAGGAGGGGGUAAUGUAUGUAGGGAGUAAGACAAAGGAGGGAGUGGUGUCAUCAGUAAACACAGUGGCCAACAGGACCGUGGAUCAGGCCAACAUUGUCGGAGAAACAGCGGUUGCAGGAGCCAACGAGGUGGCGCAGGCGGGUGUGGAGGGAGUCGAGAACGUUGCUGCAUCAACCGGGCUGGUCAACCAGGAGGAGCCUGUAUACGAGGGAGAAUAUGGAGGAAUGCAGCAGGGCGGGGAAGGAGGAGAGGGAUACUAGUCAUCUUCAGGCCCUCCCGUGCUCUCCACCUGCCCCUCGCCUCCCCCUUUGCCUCGCUGUACCAGACUCCAGAUCUUCAACAAUAUUUUUUUGUGACUUUACGGAACCAAAAUCAACUAAUACAGACUCUUCCGGAUGCUGCACAACCGCCCCUCUCUCCCCGCUCAGUCUCGUCACUCCCCGGUGCCUCCCCCUGUGGUCCUCACCGCCAUCUUUCCUCCCCUCUAAUUUAAAGCAGCCUGAAGCUUUCGUACCCCCGCCUCAUCUGUGUGUUAGUGGUGUCCUGAUAUGAUCCUGGUGUUGUUGCUCUGCCACAUGAACCCAUAGUAAAAUCUCACACGCAAACACACAAAAAAGAAACACACCAACAUUCGGCACACACAUGAAACACUCACAUACAGUACAUGCCGUUACGGCACUGACUCGCACUUUGGGCGAAUGAGUCACAGUUGGGGGAAAUACGAUUCUGGGUGCGAACAAUAACACAGUGUGCGACUGAGGCAAGACAUGAGAGGGUGGAUGAGCUGCAGUCAGUGCGUCUGUGUACCAGUGUUAGCUCGUGUAUGUGUGUGCAUGUGUAGCUGCUGCUGUAUAGAACAAAUCUCCAGAGGCUUGUGCAGGAAAAUGUGCUUUGAUGAUGUUGAAGUUACAUGUGAAGUAGUUAGAGUAGACUGCAUGAACAGAUGUGUAGAAUGACUCGUAACGUGUUGUUAAAUCUAGAGUAGCAGCUGUUCUGUGUUGCUUUGAAUGGCUUAGUGUGUGUUUCUACUCAGUGUUUAGGGUUAAUACAGUGGAAGCAAUAGACAAUAUUCAUCUGUCAGAGCAGCAGCUUGAAAUGUGUUCAUGUGAUGCAUGAGAAAGCAAAGGCAACAUUUUAAAAGAAACUCCUAUAACAUUUAAAUAUUUGAGGUGUGAGAAAGCAGACUUAAUGAGAAGAAAGCUCUUAUUACUUUGAACUACUUAAGUUAAGGAUUUAGGUUUAAUCAGAUUUGACUGAGAGGGAAGUUUCCCCGCAAAAAUAAAAGUAAUAAUAAUAAUUUUAGUUUAAAAUUCGAGAAUGUCCUUUUUCCAAAGCAGUUCAGACCUCAGCAACAUCCAUUGUAACAAUGACUUCAUAUGUGAACAACUUUUAGCACUAAAGAAGCUGACUGGCAUUGUUUCAGAAACACAGAACUGUAUUUAAAAUUGAUUGAUCUGCAGAAAAUUCAGCAACUUCGAAAGAAAGCUACAUACAGAGAAAAAAAUAACUAGAAUUGUUACCUUGCGGUUAUAUUUAUCCCUCACUUAUAGUGUUUCACUACAACUAAAAAAGAGCUUUUGUCAAGUAUCACACCUUCAUUAUUUAAUUCUGCUUCACAUUUGUGUAAAACUUUGAUAGAAGUUAUUUAAUUAGUAGUUAUUAAAUGAGUUAUUUAGUUAAUGCCAGAAACAAGUUUUGUAUGGUGAUUGUGAAUUUUACCUUUGACUCUUAAAUGAGCUGCAGUUCUUCCUUGACUUAAAGUGAAUGAUUGUGCCAAAUUAAAAGAAAUUUCCUCCAGGUAGUCCCGAGUUGGAAGACAUCACAAAAGCCUGACACGUGACUUCUUCAAGAGUAAUUCUCAUAAAGAAAUCUGUGCUGGAUAGUGUGAAAAAUGUUCAAAAUAACUAUUCAAGGAGAAAAUAAGAUCACUUUCUGCUAUUGUGUAGCUGCUUUUUAGUCUCUGUAACACUGUUUGGCAAACCAUCGAGAGAAACAAGCAGAUGGGACAUUUGUCAGUUGUUUGUAUUGCAGUUGAAAAUAUUCUUAUUCUUAUUAAUUCAUCUUUAAAAGAGCAUAAUGAAGGUUUGGGUUUAAAAAUUAGACCAGCUUUAUGUGUAGUUCUGUGCACAGCUUGAAUUCUGGGGUAUGUAGUAGCUUUUAGGAUGGUUUUUAUUUCACACAAUCUAAAUCUGACUGUUGUGAAGCUCCCACCCCUCAACUGUCUCAACCAAUCAGAUCGUUUCUUUCUGCUGUCACUCAGUGUUCUGACACGUUUCACAGCUUGCUUGCCCUGCAAAACUGUGUGUCUACAUGUACUGUAUGUGAGAGUGGACGUGUGUGUUUGCUAACACAGAACGGAUUCAGCCAGCAAAAUGUGUGUGUGUGUUUGUGUCUGGACCUGGUUUGUGUGUUCUUACUUUGAGGCCAAUGGAAACUGAUGACUGCAUGUUGCCUUAUCAAGCAAUUUCACAUUCCCACACACACACACGUGUACAUCACAGUACACACUAAAAAACACACACAACCACGAAUCCCUCCACAAAUACACAAACACGGUUCACACACCAAGUUUAAGUUGGCAUCAAAGCAGACUCGCUGAUUUUUUUAAACAGUACCAAUGAAAUUAAAAAGGUUUUGUUGAAAUCCA